CGAAAUUCGGGAGCAUUGAACCGGUGUCGAGUGUUCCCGAGUGGCGGUGGUCACUUGCGGAUCUCGGUAUUGGCCCAGAAACAGCUCGUGUGCUCCGGCUUGUAAAUCACUCGAACCACGAGCCGUCGAACCGCCGCCCGCCGCUACGCGAAAAAUAGACAUAGUUUGAUGUUGCUCCGAAAUAAUUCGAGAUAAUAGAAAACGGCACUGGACGCACGGCUCUGCGCAAGUCACCACGCCACGCGCCCUCUGUUUUCCCUGGAAGUCGGCGGUACUGAGCAGUGACGAUGCCGAUGUACGAGCGGCCGGCGUUUUGGCGAGUGCCCCACCAGCGCAUGGAUCCUGGAAAUGAGCCCAGGGAUUUCGGACAGAGGAGAAGGGUAACCCCGGGAGCUCCCGCCGGCAGAGAGCUGGUGCGCGGAGAUAUCAUCGCUAAAAUCGACGACUACGACGCACGCGACCUGCGACACGAAGACGCUCAGAAUCUCUUCAGGAAUGCGCCCAAACAGAUCAAGCUUGUUGUACAGAGGGGCGGCGCGAGCGCACACCUAUACUCGUUGCCUCGGUCUCCGGGCAGCUUUGUAGGCCGCGUGCCGACGCCUACCUUCUAUCACGAGUUUGCUGAGGACGUGGACCGCGAAGGGCCGCGCGGCUCGGGCACGCCGAUGGCGCCGCGCUCCCCGAUACCCAAUGCCGCUGCACCACCAUACAGGACGCCGAGCCCUCAAAUCGGAUCCAACUGGCGCGGUCCUGAGUCUCUGCCGCGAACACCCGUGCCUCCUCACGGCCCCGCCGGCCCGGCUGGACUGGCCCAGUAUACGUACCCAGUGCAAGUGGAGGGAGAAUACAGGACACUGAUGCUCUCGCCCUCGUCUACACGAACUGAUGAAACCUUUGACGAGUCUAUUCAGAGCCAGCCGUACCGUACGACGCCCCUGGUGCUGCCGGGCGCGAAGGUCCGCCGCGAGCCCGGGCCCACAGAGAGCUACCUGCGUCACCACCCCAACCCGGCCAUGCGCGCGCCGCCCAGCCACGACUACCGUGACACACUCAUGAGGCAGAAGGUGGCAGAGUCGGUGUUGCAGCGAGUGGUUGGCGAAGACGCGAAUAAGAUGGUGCACAAGCAGUUCAACUCCCCCAUCAAUCUAUACUCGGAACAAAACAUCGCCAACUCGAUCAGGCAACAGACCUCGCCGUUGCCCGCUAACGGCCAUUACGGGCGGCCGCACGUUGUCAAGAGUCACAAGCCGACCGUGGUGUACGACCCGGCGCAGUCCGACACGUUCCGCGCGCUGCAGGAGGAGGGGCUCGGCGACGUCGUGCACGAGGUGCCCACGCCCGUCGUGCCCAAGGUCUUCACUGCGCCGCCCGCCAAGAAAGGGCCAGUUCCGAGACCUGUCAAACCUGAAGAGAAACCGAAAGGAAAACAAACGACCUUCGUGAACUCAUUACACGAAGAGCACAUCCAACAGUCGAACUCGUUCAAACGCCUCAUGUACAACGUGCUCGGCGACACCGAGUUCUAGCACCUCUAGCCACACAGUAUUACCGUCACCUUACAAGUUCCUAACAUUACGGCAAACUGUAUCAACGUAACGUGCCAAUUUUACCGACUUUACCAACAAAUUCACUUUUAAACACAUCAAAAGUCACACUACGCAAUACAUACGUGCGUUACGUGUAGACCUUGAUAGUAAUUCUGCUUAGUUUGCCGUAACAACGCGAUGGACUGAGAUGUACAAUGGUUUCACGGUUAGCUGCAGCGCCAUAUAAUAUUAGACGUAAUGACUUGUUGGGUUAGCAACGAAUAAGACUAACAAAAUUAAUUUUAGGAAGCUAUUAUAAUAAUGCUCCUGGCAGUGUGUCAUAUUAUUUUUCGGUGGAUUUAAUUAUUCUAAUACUCGAGUAUUAGUGAUAUAAUUUAUAUUUAUAUUAAGUAGAAAUGUAAUGUUUAUUACUAAGUGUUGAUUUUCUGUUUGAACAGAAAUUUAUUGUUUAUGAAUACUUAUGAGAAAUGUUGAGUGUACAGUCUAGUCACUGCGACCCGAGCUCUGGUCGUACCUACGAGAAUGAAAUUCGAUCAACCUUAAAUAAAUAAUUUAUUUUUAUUUA